AAUGAGCAUCCAUCCUCCAGAGCUUCCGGCAACCUGCCUGGCCCUGGACGCGUCUCAACUGGCCCGCGUGAGCGGCCGCCCCGGAAAUGACGCGUUGCCCCGCUGGCCAAGCGGAAGUGGAGAUGGCGGAGCUGUACGUGAAGCCGGGCAACAAGGAGCGCGGCUGGAACGACCCGCCGCAGUUGUCAUACGGGCUGCAGACCCAGGCCGGCGGACCCAGGCGCUCGCUGCUUACCAAGAGGGUCGCCGCACCCCAGGAUGGAUCCCCCAGAGUCCCCGCAUCAGAGACUUCUCCUGGGCCUCCCCCAAUGGGGCCUCCACCUCCUUCAAGUAAGGCUCCCAGGUCCCCACCUGUGGGGAGUGGUCCUGCCUCUGGUGUGCAGCCCACAAGUUUCCCAGUCGAGUCUGAGGCUGUGAUGGAGGAUGUGCUGAGACCUUUGGAACAGGCAUUGGAAGACUGCCGUGGCCACACAAGGAAGCAGGUAUGUGAUGACAUCAGCCGACGCCUGGCACUGCUGCAGGAACAGUGGGCUGGAGGAAAGUUGUCAAUACCUGUAAAGAAGAGAAUGGCUCUACUGGUGCAAGAGCUUUCAAGCCACCGGUGGGAUGCAGCAGAUGACAUCCACCGCUCCCUCAUGGUUGACCAUGUGACUGAGGUCAGUCAGUGGAUGGUAGGAGUUAAAAGAUUAAUUGCGGAAAAGAGGAGUCUGUUUUCAGAGGAGGCAGCCAAUGAAGAGAAAUCUGCAGCCACAGCUGAGAAGAACCAGACCAUACCAGGCUUCCAGCAGGCUCCAUAAUCCUCGGUUCCCCAGACUCACCGGACACCAUCUCCUAUGCCUUGGAGGCCUUCUCUCACUUGGCUCCCUUCUUACCACCACCAAGACUGUCCCACUGGGCCUGACCCACCUAUGAGGGAAGAAGUCCCACCUGGGCCAGAGGGAGUUCAUGUGUUACUCAUAACAUUGCAUUUCAAUAAAAACAUCUCUGUGAUGGGC